AUGGAUAGCAGCGCCUCCCAAUCGUCUCUCCAUCACAGCAACGACGACACGGAGAAGCAAUCGGAGCCGCUCACCACCACUGCCGUCGUAGGGCUCGAAAACGCGGACGAUGGCGUACCGCGCAAUCGCGGAUUGUUCGCCAAACUAUGGGCCAUUGUGCAAAAGCUAGACAAGUACGGCGUAGAGGCGAGAGGCAUCGAACGCGUACCUCCGACGGAACGUCCGCAGAAGAGCCCCUGGGACUGCUUCACGAUGUGGUGUGCCGCCAAUACGCAGCUGGGCGCGUUCAGUGGCGGCACGCUCGCUCCGGGGACGUUUGGGAUGAGCUUGCGAGACUCCGUGCUGUGCAUCGUAUUCUUCAAUAUCCUUUGGACCGUACCGGUGGCGUAUCUUUCAACUUUUGGUUGUCGCACCGGCUUGAGGCAGAUGGUCUUCUCUCGAUUCGCCUUCGGGUACUGGUUCUGUAUGUUGCCAGGCCUUCUGAAUUGCGUAGGUGCCAUAGGCUGGACCAUAAUCAACACGAUCGUCGGAGGCAAGACUCUCCGUGCCGUCUCCAGUACGCACCAGAUCCCGGUCUGGGCUAGCAACAUUAUUAUCGCAAUCCUGAGCCUCCUACCACCUUUCGCCGGCUACAGAUUUGUGCAUAAUUAUCAACGCUGGUCGUGGAUCGCUCCUGCGGUUAUCUUCUUUAUUAUGCUGGGUACAGGGCUUCGCUAUAUGGAGGGAGGCACAUGGGGCGCCACCGGGCCUUUGGAGGCUGCCACCGUACUGAGCUUUGGUACUGUUGUCGUUGGGUAUGGUCUUGGGUGGGCAAGCUACGCAGGCGAUUAUACAGUGAACUUGCCCGAGGACACACCGACUUGGAAAAUCUUCGCCGCGACAUAUCUGGGCCUGAACACUUCCUUGAUACUAGUAGAGUCUCUGGGAGCCGCGUACAUGACCACGAUCAUCAAUAACUCAGCCUGGUCGGCGCUGUACGACGCCAACGGCGUGGGCGGUCUCAUCGCUGCUGGGCUUACCCCGCUCAACGGCAUUGGUCACUUCUUCACCCUCCUCAUGGCCCUCUCGGUUGUCGCUAAUAAUAUACCGAAUGUCUACUCCUUAUCCCUCACUGUUCCGAUCUUCGGGCCCGUCUUUCAGGCCGUCCCGCGUUUGUUCAUCACGCUCAUCGGCACGGCGGUCUAUAUUGUUCUCUCGAUCGUGGGUGCAUCGCAUUUCGAGGCCUGGCUGGAUACGUUGUUGGUGCUACUGUCGUACUGGCAGGCAAUCUUUGCUACACUCGUCAUAGAGGAGCAUGUCAUUUUUCGCAGAAGCUGGAGGAACUAUGAACUGGAUUCCGCGAACAAACGCUCUGCGCUGCCGCCCGGGAUAGCAGCCUCAGUGGCAUUCGGAUGCGGCGUCAUGGGUGCUGUGUUUGGGGUCGCGCAGUCUUGGUACAUCGGCAUUCUGGCUCGGAAGAUUGGAGAUCCCACGGUUGGGGGUAACAUUGGAUUUGAGCUCUCUCUGGCGUUCUCUGGCAUCGCAUAUCCGCCGUUAAGAUAUCUUGAGAGAAGGCUGUUUGGUCGUUGA